AUGGGAUUAUUGUCGUUGGGUACCCCUUUAGACUGGCACGAUGCUAAUAAGUUCAAUGAACAUGUCAGAGAGAAUGGUAUAAGGCAGUUGAUAAAUAUUUUCAAGCAACACUCUGCUUCGAGGGUACAAGAUCCGUUCUUAUGGGGUGAAGAAGUUGAGUAUAUGCUAGUCGAUAUUGAUGCGAGGUCUAAAACUGCUAAGUUAGCGAUCGAUAAGGAUUACAUAUUGAACGAUUUGAACGACCCCGAAAAACCUGAAUCGUAUGAAAAAUCGAUCAAGAACAACAUUUUAUUUCACCCAGAGUACGGUAGAUACAUGAUUGAGGCUACUCCUUUAAAGCCAUAUGAUGGUGAUUUGCUAGACGAUUAUGUUUAUGUUGAGGAGAACAUGAUAAAAAGAAGGAAAGUUAGUGAAUCAGAAUUACCGAAGAAUAUUAAACCUCUCACCUUAACAAGUUUUCCAAGAAUGGGGUGCGGUAACUUUACUUCACCGCCUGCUAAACCAAUAGGUCCAGCAUCUCAAUCGUUGUUUUUGCCAGAUGAAAUCAUUAAUCGUCAUGUAAGAUUCCCAACUUUAACAGCAAAUAUUAGAAAAAGAAGAGGGUGCAAGGUCGCUAUUAACUUACCAAUGUAUCCGGAUAUUAACACUAAAUUAAUAGAUGAUUCUAUUCCAAAAAAUCGUGAUUUAUUUGAGUCUGAUAAGGAACCAUGGGUUGGCGCCUCCAAACCAGGCCAUGUUUAUAUGGAUUCGAUGGGAUUUGGAAUGGGGUCAUCAUGCUUACAAGUGACUAUGCAAGCUCAAGAAAUCGACGAAGCAAGAUACUUGUACGAUACAUUAGCGCCUCUCACUCCAAUAAUGUUAAGUUUGACAGCAGCAGCUCCAAUUUUCAAAGGUUUCUUAGUAAACCAAGAUGUUAGAUGGAAUGUUAUUAGUGGAGCUGUUGACGAUAGAACAUUCAUAGAGAGAGAUGUCGAACCAUAUACGGGUUAUGAUUUUUUUGGAGGACUCGAUGUAACAGAGGAAGACAAAAAACACAUGGAAACAUUAGGUGGAGGUCGUGGUGUUAAUGGUGACCGUAUUAGUAACAAGUAUGGAGAGACCAGGUUAAAGACCUCUGACGGUAAACCAAUUCAAAAAAUCACUAAGUCUAGAUAUGAAUCGAUCAAUAGUUAUUUGAGCGACUACAAAUAUUCGGGUAAAACAGAUGUGUAUUUCAAAGAUAAGUACAACGAUGCUUAUAUGCCUAUGAAUAAAAAAGUGUAUGAACAAUUGAUGGACUCUAAAUUAUUUGAUCCAAUAAUGGCACAACAUUUUGCAUAUUUAUUUAUACGUGAUCCAUUAGUUAUAUUCUCCGAGAGAAUUGAUCAAGAUAAUGAGCUAGAGAAUGAUCACUUUGAGAACCUACAAUCUACCAAUUGGCAAACCUUGAGAUUUAAACCGCCAGCCUUGUAUCCAAAAAAUAUCACGCUGCAAGAGUUAGCUGCUAAACCAGGGUGGAGGGUAGAGUUCCGUCCUAUGGAAAUUCAACUAACCGAUUUCGAAAAUGCAGCAUACUCGGUUUUUAUUGCAUUAUUAUCCAAAGCUAUAUUAAAGUUCAAACCAGAUUUCUAUAUACCAAUUCUGCAUGUUGAUGAGAAUAUGGAAACAGCGCAUAAGGUAGAUUCUGUUCUCAAGGAUAAAUUUUGGUUCAAGACAUCAUGCAAGUGGCGGCUCAAUAACGAUGAAUUCAUUGGCUACGACUUAAGCUGGUUCGAUAGAUUUAUUAAUAGAGGUAACGACGAGCUAGGAGUCGACGAAGUCUACGUGAAUGGAUACGCGAGCCACGCUAAAGAGAACGUCAUUAAUGGCAAUAACCUGGCAGAUACAUCUUGUGACUACAAUGAGUCCAAAUACACCAUCGACGAAAUCAUCAAUGGUGGUGAAGACUUCCCCGGUAUGAUCAAGUUGAUCGUCAAACUAAUUGCUACUGAAUUGCUCCCAGAAUCGUCGCACCAUCACUGCGAAACGUCGCAACUUGCAAAUAGAAUGUUGAAGCUCCAAAACUACUUGCGAUUGAUAUCGUACAGAGCCUCGGGCAAAAUCCCCACGAUUGCCCACUGGAUUAGACACAAGGCCCUUAGCAACCCAUUGUAUAAACAAGACUCCAAGAUAAGUGAAGAAUUGGCUUACGAAUUAAUUAGAGACGCAACUCUCCUUUCUGAUUUGGACUUCUCCAACCGUGAUUUAUUUACCAGCUACUUCGGGACUUCAAUCUCUAAUUUUUUGAGAAACAACUCUAAUUCCACCUAG